AUGUCUGCCCCCAUCGCUCUUCUCUCGGUCUACGACAAGACUGGCCUCCUGCCGUUCGCCAAGUCGCUCAAGGAGCUCGGUUUCCGUCUCCUUGGCUCGGGUGGUACUGCCCGCCUCAUCCGUGACAAUGGCAUUGAGAUCGAGGACGUGUCGUCCAUCACCAACGCCCCCGAGAUGCUCGGCGGCCGUGUGAAGACUCUCCACCCCGCUGUCCACGGUGGUAUCCUUUCGCGUUCGAUCCCCUCGGACCUCGCGGACCUCGCUGAGAACGGUAUCAACCAGAUCACCCUUGUUGUCUGCAACCUCUACCCCUUCGUCCUCCAGACCCAGAAGCCCGACAACACCAUCGCGGCCGCCGUCGAGGAGAUUGACAUUGGUGGUGUCACCCUCCUCCGUGCCGGUGCCAAGAACCACGAGCGCACCUCGAUUGUCUGCUCGCCCUCGGACUACGACGCCGUCAUUGCCGAGUGGAAGGCCAGCGGUGAGGUCUCGUCUGCCACCCGCCGCGGUCUCGCCCUCAAGGCCUUUGAGGCCACUGCUUCGUACGACUCGGCCAUUUCCGACUACUUCCGCAAGGAGUACUCGUCGACCGACUCGGCCAAGGACCUCAUCGCUGCCGCCGGCGUUUCGUACCAGCGUGUUCCCCUCCGCUACGGCGCCAACCCUCACCAGAAGCCUGCUCAGGCCUUUGUUGAGGAGGGCCAGAUGCCCAUCAAGACCCUCUCUGGCUCGCCCGGCUACAUCAACCUCCUCGACGCCCUCAACUCGUGGGCUCUUGUCAAGGAGCUCGCCGAGGCCCUCGACCUCCCCGCUGCCGCUUCGUUCAAGCACGUUUCGCCCGCCGGUGCCGCCGUCGGUGUCCCCCUCUCCGAGGUCGAGGCCAAGGUCUUUGGCGUUGACGACCUCACCCUCUCGCCCCUUGCCUGCGCCUACGCUCGUGCCCGUGGUGCCGACCGCAUGUCGUCGUUUGGCGACUUCCUCGCUCUUUCGCACGUGUGUGACGUCUCCACCGCCAAGAUUAUCUCGCGUGAGGUUUCUGACGGUGUGAUCGCCCCCGGCUACGAGCCCGCUGCCCUCGAGAUCCUCCAGAAGAAGAAGGGCGGCAAGUACUGCGUCCUCGAGAUGGACCCCACCUACGUUCCCCCCUCGAUCGAGACCCGCCAGGUCUACGGUAUCUCGCUCCAGCAGCGCCGCAACGACAUCAAGAUUGACAACUCGCUCUUCACCAACCUCGUCACUGAGAACAAGGACCUGCCCGCCAACGCCGUCACCGACCUGCUCGUCGCCACCCUUGCCCUCAAGUACACCCAGUCCAACUCGGUCUGCUACACCCUCAACGGUGCCGUCAUCGGCCUCGGUGCCGGCCAGCAGUCGCGUAUCCACUGCACCCGUCUUGCCGGCGACAAGGCCGACAACUGGUGGCUCCGCCACCACCCGCGCGUCCUCGCCCUCCCCUUCAAGAAGGGCACCAAGCGCGCCGACAAGUCCAACGCCAUCGACCUCUUCGUCACUGGCGAGGCCUUUGUCGCGUCCCCCUCGGAGCGCGCCCAGUGGGAGUCGCUCUUUGAGACCGUCCCCGCGCCCCUCUCGGCCGAGGAGAAGGCCGCCCACAUGGCCGAGUUCAAGGGCGUCUCGGUGUCCUCGGACGCCUUCUUCCCCUUCCCGGACAACGUCCACCGCGCCCGCCGUUCCGGUGUCCAGUACAUUGCCGCCCCCUCGGGCUCGAUCAUGGACGCAGAGUGCGUCAAGGUCGCCAACGAGUACGGCAUCGUGUACGCCCACACCAACCUCCGUCUCUUCCACCACUAA